GUUUGCCUAUGAACUUGUUAUUAAUUUCCUAUAUUUUAAAAAAUAUUUUACCGUUAUGGAUACAGCAGUUCGCAAACGCAAGUCGUUUUCUGCCCAAGAGAAAUUGUACGACCUGGAUCAACUAAAGAAGGGCAAACAACAAACUCAGCUUGCUAGAGAUCUAGGAAUUAGCGAGUCCACUCUGCGAGGGUGGAAAAAAGAAGAAGAAACGCUCUGUAGCCUACCCUGCAUUCUUGAAGAGGAAACUGGUUUACAGCGUAAAAAGGUCAAGUUUGCUAAUGACGAAAGCCUAGAUUCAGCCUUGUACCAAUGGUUUGUCCAGGCUCGCUCAGAAGGAGUUCCCAUUUCUGGCCCUAUUCUGAAAGCUCAAGCAGAGAAAUUUGAUCGCCUUAUCAAUGGAAAUGAAUCCAAAUUUAAGAAGAGUAACGGCUGGCUGGACAGAUUCAAGAGAAGGCACACUAUAAGCCAAGUUCUUGUGUCUGGGGAAAUCCGCUCAGCUGAUAAAGAGGCUGCCGAUUCCUAG